AUGAGAGAAACACUGUUAUUUUUCCUUUUUACAGGAAAUUGCAAUGGACAACAGGCAAAAUGUGCCGCUUGCGUCGGAGUUAUGGAUCAUUUAGGGAAUAUUGAGGGCAAUCAUGCUUGUUUUGAAGAUCUUGAAGAGGAUGACAGUAGAGUAACAUGGAGACAAUGUCCAAUUCUGAUCGGUUUGGACCCUGUCUGUGAGUCCACCGCGGUAACUCAUUGGACUGAAGACGGUAGGCAAACACUGACUGUAUUUCGAAGCUGCGCGGAAGUUCGCAGCGGCACUGAAGAGCAUAAUGAUCAAUUCUGCCUCGAUGAAGUGAUCAGUUCUUCGACUGGAGAGCACUGGAGAUCGUGCACAAGCUUCUGUGACGCUCGGGAAGAAUAUAUGUACGAAUGCAAUCGGAAUAAUAUGCUCUCGACUAUCGCGCUUCAUGAUUCCGGAAAAACAGAUCUUUCCUGCCAAACCUGUUCUGGAGAAAACUGCGAGACAGAAGGAACGACUGAAAAUUGUCCUAUUUGGGCGAAUCAUGGGUGCUUUUCCUCAGCAAAAUUCGAGCUGAAUGAAGAUGAUGAUAACUUGGAAAUGGAGGCAAAAGAGUAUCACAGAGGAUGCUCUGCAUUUUCGGGAGUAGAUACCUGCAUCGAAAUACAGAAAGACUCAGACAUCUAUUCUUCAUUUGGCUCUUGUUUCAACUCAACCGCUGAAAAUCUCGAAACCUGUGAUUUCGAAGAACCAUUUUGCGCGACAAAAAUGACCGCUGAAUGGACAAAAGCAGGCAAACAAAUUCACCACCUCGUCCGAGGAUGUUCAGCGCACCCUUCGCCGGAAGAAAUAAGCGAAGACGCAAAUUGCAUCGAGUCAUCUGUCAACAAUGAGAAAACAAGAGACUGCCGCGUGUCCUGCUCUUCCUACGGAUGCAAUGAAGGAAACGACAUUUUCGACCUCUUCAACUCCGGAAAAGUCAGCAGCUGCAUGACGUGCAAUAAUACCCAGGAAUGUUUGGACGGCGAUUCUGAGUAUUCAGCAUGCCCGGAAUUCGCGAAUGCUGGGUGCUAUGUAGGAACAAAUUGGGAAGAUGAAGAAGAUUUCGAAGUUUAUCGGCAUUGCAGCUCAUUUACGGAACCUGAAACUGAGGAUUGUAAGCCGGCUAUUCUCGACGCUUCAAGACACACAACAUGCAAAAGUUCAUGCAGCGAUAACGAUUGUAACUCUGCACCUGCCACUUACCCGGGUCCAGAGGAUCAUGUUUGUGCAUUUUGCUUUGUCGUCAGAGAUCAUACUGGAAAAAGGCUCUUCGGUGAUGAAGACUGCGAUAAUGAUGAAGUGAUGAACCAAAAAUAUUUGGACUAUAUGGACUUCAUUGAAGCUGGGGGAAACACUACUGACUUCCCAAAUUUUAUAAAUUGUGCCGCUCCUGAAAGUGAGGGCUUUGUCAGUAGCUGUGAGACGACCGUUUUUGUUCAGUGGGAAUCAAAUGGCCGAGAAAACUUCCAAAUCAACAGAGGAUGCUACGUCCAUCCAGUUGGAAUUCCUGAUGAGGAUUGCACCGUCUGGACCAAUAACGAACGAUUUCACUUGUGUUACAAUCUCUGCAGAAGCGAUGAGAUUGAACAAAUCGGCGAUGCCAAGGUUCCUUGCAAUGCUAUGGAUAAAACAUCAGCCGAUUGGACAAAGCUUGGAUACGGGUUGGCAAAGGUCGAAGAACUGCACUUUCAAGACGCUGGCGCCAACAAAGUUAAAUGUCACACAUGCUCUGCUGUAUACGGUUCCGACCAGGCUGAUAUUGAUGCCUGUAAGGCUCUCAAUGAUAAGACCGCAAGCCCUGAUGACUGCCCUGGAUGGGCUUCCCGAGGCUGCUUUGAAGUCGAAGAAAUCACUCUCCGACCUGAUAUCAACCAGACCAAACCGGAUGUCGGCUACCACAAGGGAUGCUCUGCCUUUGACACCUACAAUGAUGAUGCUGACGAGAACGGAAUCAUCUGCCAAGAGUUCCGCGGUCAAUUUUUCGAAUGGGGCGAAGCUUGCAAGACAACCUGCAAGGACGGCGACUACUGCAACGAAGAUCUUCUCGAAGAGCUCCCCACUAAGUGCUACACUUGUGAGUAUACCUGGAGCGACCAUGGUGGUAUCAAGGGAGACCCAGCUUGCGCUUUCCACGAUCUUUUGGGCCCAAUCCAGAUGCAAGAUUGCCCUGCUGACAAACACCACUGCGUCGUUGAAAUGACUGCCCGAAUGGUCGAAACUGGCGAACAGCAGCACACAAUCAAGCGAUACUGCGGCGACGAGCAGCCCCAGGAAGAAACUCCCGAAACUAACUGCAAGACUUCCAUCUCCAGCGAUUUCAACAACCUCUGGGCUAUCAAGCAGUGCUCUACCUCCUGCAACGAUCAGAUCGCUUGCAACUACCACGACAAUGUAUUCGACCUCUUCGAGACUGGCAACAUCAACCGAUGCUACAUCUGUUCCGAUGAGCAGGAAGGAGAAGAAAUUGGCGGCGGAGUUUGCCGAUUCCUCCAGCAGUCUCGAUGCCCAAAUUUUGCCGACGCCGGAUGCUACACUUCGGCAAACUGGAUCGCUGAUUGGCCACAGGGCGAGAACACCAAGGCCCAAUUCUUCCACGGAUGUUCUUCUUUCACCAAAGAAGAGCUCCGACAAGAGUGUCACAGACAAAUUGUCGGCGGCAACAUGGACUCUCAAGCAUUCGAUCUCACCGUCUGUCGCGAAGUCUGCGAUGGCUUUUCUGACUGCAACUUCACCCCGAUUCGACCUCCAGUAGCGCCGAAAUGCGCUGCUUGCGUCGCAACUAUGGAUCAUAUGGGCAAUCUCCUUGCUGGAAACGCCAAGUGCUUCGAAAAUCUCGACAGAGACGAUGAAGAUAUUCUCUGGGUAUCUUGCCCUGCAGUUGACGGAAGUCCAUUCAAGCCUGUCUGCGAGUCCAGCGCGACAGUCGUCUGGGAGCCAAACGGUCGACAAACAAUUACAGUCACUCAAGGCUGCUUUGAAAUUCUUAGAGAAGAGAACAACGACCUUGAUGUCUGUAACGUCGAAAUUGUAAGUGAAGGUAUCCAGACUCGUAAUUGCGUCAAAACAUGUGAUCCAACUGGUUCCUUUGGCAACGAGUGUAAUCGACGAAAUGUUGAAGGCGUCAUUGCCAUGCACGGUGUUAACAAUACUGAGAUUGCUUGCCGAUCUUGCUCUGCCAACUCGACUAGCUCUCCCGAAGAAAUCGAGUACUGCAGAAAUGUUCCAAGCCCAAUUGACCCAACUGGAUGUCCUUCCUGGGCCGACCGAGCCUGUUUCAACGUCCGUGAUGCCGUCAUCAAGCCCGAUGGUGAUUCCAGUCCCGGUGACAGCGACAUUGCUUACCACAAGGGGUGCUCUAGCUUCGACUUCCUCGAGGAAGACAAUGAAAAUGUCGCGACUACCGACAGCGUCAACUGCCGAGAAUACUACGACAUCAACGCUCAUCGAUACACUGAGUCUUGCAAAGAAACUUGCAAGACGCCAUUUUGCAACUCCGGAGAAGUCAAACAGCCUAUGAAGUGCUUCUCAUGCUCAUACUCUUGGGAUGAUUUCGGAAUCGCUGUCGGCUCUGGAGACGAACGAUGCCGAAGGCCUGAGAAUUUUGCUCCAUCCGACCUGACUACCUGUCCUGAAGACAAGCCAUAUUGCUUCACUGAGUUUGAAGCAGACUGGAAUCAGCGAGGAAAUCAAUUCCAUCGAGUCACUCGAGGCUGCACUUCACACAAAUCAGUCGACCCACCAACCAAAAAGGAUAACUGCGAGACAUUCUUGAGCGACGCAAAUGGCCAAUGGUCUCAAAAAACUUGCGCAACUUCUUGCGACUCUAACGUCCUCGGAUGCAACAAUAACAAUGAUAUCUACGAGCUUUUCUCGACCAAGAAAGUCUCUAGAUGCCACUCUUGUCAUCUUUCCCAGCGCCCAGGUGAGAACAUCGGUGUCCAAGACUGCGAUACAAACACACAUGUUGGCGACGCCAAGAAAUGCGAGCUCUAUGAAGAUAAUGGAUGCUACACCGCUAAGAACUGGCACGUUGAAUACGGAACUGAGCUUUUGGAAGCCUACAGAGGCUGCUCUUCAUUUACUGAGGAUGAAGUCAAUGCGCCAUCUUGCGAGGAUACUAUUCUUGGUGGAGGUGGAGGAAGCUCUUCAACUGUCUACACCACUUGCCGAGAAUGGUGCGAUGAGGAUAGAUGCAAUGAUCAAGUCCUUGAAAACCCCGGUCCCGAUCUGACUCUGAAAUGCAUCUCAUGCGAGGCCGAAAUGGACUUCUUCGGAAACGUCACUUCUGGAAAUCAUCUUUGCUUCGAAGAUGGACUUGGAAAGGAAUACGAGCAAGUCUGCGACGAGAGUGUUGGUGGCGGACGAGUUCCGUAUUGUUCGAACGAUUUGGAAGUUGACUGGCUGACCAAUGGUCGACAGGUUUUGCGAAUCAAGCGAGGCUGCAAGCAACAGACUGAAGCGGAAACUUACUGUAACGAAGGCAGCCAUGGACCUGUCAUGUACAAGCACUGCCAGGAACAGUGCAAAGCUGAGAAGGGCGAGGUCUGCAACCGGGAUACAAUCGAAGCUCUUCUGGACAAGUUUGACUCUGGCAAGAAGAACGUCAUGUGCCGAGAAUGCUUCGCUGACUCUUCAAUGGGCAAAGACUGGAUGGAAUACUGCCGAAAUCAGCCAAGUCCCGAAGAUCAGGGACACUUGUGUCCAAAAUGGGCCAAUGCUGGAUGCUUCAACGUCCGUGUGACCGAAAACGAUGAAGAUGUUGCUUAUUCUAAGGGUUGCUCAACUUUCGAAAUUGAGGGAACUCAGUGUACUCAAUUCACGGCUCCAGAUGGAGAACAAGCAUCUGUCAGCAGAAAGACCUGCGAUGCAAGUGCCACUCCUUUCUGCAACAAGGGUGAAGUUGAUGACUCAAUCUGCUAUGGUGAGGGUGGUGAUGCUGCUGCUCUUACUUUUUCAGCUAUUUUGGUUCUCCUUACUGCUUUUCUGUACUAA